AUGUCUAAUAGUUAUCAUAAUUAUAAUUAUAGCCAUCAUAACCACCAUAACGAUGAUGAUAAUAAUAAUAAUAAUAAUAAUAAUAAUAACCAUAAAUAUUGGAAAUGGAUUAUAGCGUUUGCCUGUUCCUGGAUUAAUGUCUUUAUAUUUGGCUUAUUCCGGUCAAUGGGACUGUUAUACGACGCCUUUAUCGACGAGUACCGAUGCUCACACAUGCAGGCCUCGUGGCCGGUAUCCCUUAUUGGCAGCGUUGCCAGUAUUACGGGUAUAGCAGCCGGUUUUCUGGCCCAUUACUACCAAAUCAGGACACUGGUGUCCGCCGGUAUACUGGUCAGCUCGUUGGCCAUUAGCGUAUGUUUUUUGGCCGCCAAUAUCGUACAGAUAACCAUAUUUUUAGGCGUCAUUCAGGGUGUAGGCAUAGGUUUGGUGACAAAUCUAUUGCCGGCAAUCAUUAGCCAAUACUUUGGCAAACAACGUGCGAUCGCAUGCGGCAUAUCCUACGGUGGAUCAGCACUGGGAGCUUUUGUCUUUCCGCUGGCCAUUGAAUGGCAGCUCAACGAGUUUGGUCUCAGCGGGACAUUGCUAUUGAUGGGAGGCAUUACAUUACACGCACUUAUCGGUGCUCUACUACUGCGGCCACCGGUUGCCGAAACUAUUGACGACGACGAGGACGACGGCGGCGACAGCGAUACCGACGGUACAAUUAGGCCACUAGUGACCACCAAUCGGGGCCACAGAAUCGAUACCAAAGACAACAGUGGCAACACUGCUAAUAAUAAUAAUAAUAGCAGCGGUGAUGAUACCGGUGGUGCCGUCGUCGGCGGUAUUAGGGAACCGUUGAUAGCCGAAUGCGCGACCGUAGUGUUUCUCCGGCCCAACCACUUGGACGCGGCCAACCAUCAGUACGUCAACAUUAGACAGUUGCGCGAACGGCCGAAAUCGCUGGUCGUCGACACUGUCGACCGGCCGCUGCCGCCGCAUCCGACGGUGAUGGCGGCUCCUGUAGUCAAAAUGCGCGACACUGGUGUCGGCGGCCGCAGCAGUCACGUCGAUCGCGACCGUAUGCGCGCCAAACGGCUAUCGUUGCCCGUGUUUUUCAACGAGCGCCGUAUGGUCAAAGAUCUUAACCAAUCGCUGGCCAAUCAGCUCAACAAUAAUCGCCAGUCGCUGGCAGUUACCGAUUCGGCAAACAAUACGCUCGACAGCCGGCAAAAAACGGGCCAACAAUUUCAGCAGCAGAUUAUCAUCAAAUACAGUCUAUGCGAUAGUAUUAGACGACACGCCAAACAUGAUUUGACAAUACUGAGGCACCGGCACUUUCAACUGUGCACUGUUACCUACGUGUGCUUUAUUAUCGAUUUUGUUAGCUUUAUAAUUAUUUUACCCGAUUUUGUCACUGAUAGAGGACUCACAGCACACGAGGGAACGUUACUAUUAUCCUUGUACUCGAUAACCGACUUUUUCGGUCGACUCAUACCCGGCUGGCUGUCCUAUAUGGAAGUGGUUACCAAUAGAAACCUAUUCAUAUCGUCCAUAGCCGUUAUGGGUGUCUGUAUGCUAGCCAUACCGUUUGCCAAUACGUUUUCAGGUUUCGCUGCCAUUACACUAGUGUGCGGUUUUGUUACCGGCUGUCAAAUGAUAUUACCGGCGGUAAUAAUAUCCGAAUAUGUGGGCGUCGAUAGGACAGCUAUGGCCUGGGGUCUGUCCAAUUUUAUAUGCGGCAUAGUUACCAUUAUUUUUAGGCCACUACUCAUCGGCUUCAAGGACAGCACCGGUAAAUAUGAUGUCAUAUUUUACAUACUGGGCUCACUGGGCAUAGCCAGUGCCCUAUUAUGGCUGUGCGACUAUUUAUUAACUAAAUAUUUAAAACCAAAAAAGUCUACUAAUGUUUCGCGACACAAAAAUUUUGUAUAA